AUGGUAUGCACCGUACUGAGCAGCUACCCAGAGUGUUCGAGGCAUCUCCCGAAAGUUGGUGUAGAUAUACAGGAGAAGGAUGGUUCUGGUUUCACACCCCUAAGUAGGGCACCAGAAGAAGACAGUUCAGCAUAUGUCAGGCUACUGGUGGAAGCAAGAGCUGAAGUGCAAAGGAGGAACAAAGAUAAUGACACACCUCUACAUUUUGCCAGCCUGUCCAGUGACACAGAGUGUGUGAAACGACUUCUAGAAGUUGGUGCAAUGGCGGUAAGAGAGGAUAAUCGUGGAAACACACCACUGCACUACGCAGCAUCUGUGGGCAAUGUUGAAAGUGUGAGGCUGAUGCUGGACACCGGGGCAUACCCCGAGAAGGUGAAUGCAGAUGGCCGGACCCCACUACAUUUCGCCAGCAUGUCUGGUGAUACCGAGUGUGUGAAGCUACUUUUAGAAUUUUUUACAAGGGUGUCAAAAGUGGAUAAUCGUGGUAACACGCCACUGAAUUAUGCAGCAUCUGUGGGCAAUGCUGAAAGUGUGAGGCUGCUGCUCGAGGCCGGGGCAUACUUGGGGCAAGUGAAUGAAGAUGGCCAGACCGCACUACAUUUCGCCAGUAUGUCCGGUGACACCGAGUGUGUGAAGCUACUUUUAGAAUUUUUUACAAGGGUGUCAAAAGUGGAUAAUCGUGGUAACACGCCACUGAAUUAUGCAGCAUCCGUGGGCAACGCUGAAAGUGUGAGGCUGCUGCUCGAGGCCGGGGCAUACUUGGGGCAAGUGAAUGAAGAUGGCCAGACCGCACUACAUUUCGCCAGUAUGUCCGGUGACACAGAGUGUGUGAAGCUACUUUUAGAAUUUGGUGCAAGGGUGUCAAAAGUGGAUAAUCGUGGUAACACGCCACUGAAUUAUGCAGCAUCUGUGGGCAACGCUGAAAGUGUGAGGCUGCUGUUCGAGGCCGGGGCAUACUUGGGGCAAGUGAAUGAAGAUGGCCAGACCGCACUACAUUUCGCCAGUAUGUCCGGUGACACAGAGUGUGUGAAGCUACUUUUAGAAUUUGGUGCAAGGGUGUCAAAAGUGGAUAAUCGUGGUAACACGCCACUGAAUUAUGCAGCAUCUGUGGGCAACGCUGAAAGUGUGAGGCUGCUGCUCGAGGCCGGGGCAUACUUGGGGCAAGUGAAUGAAGACGGCCAGACCGCACUACAUUUCGCCAGUAUGUCCGGUGACACAGUGUGUGUGAAGCUACUUUUAGAAUUUGGUGCAAGGGUGUCAAAAGUGGAUAAUCGUGGUAACACGCCACUGAAUUAUGCAGCAUCUGUGGGCAACGCUGAAAGUGUGAGGCUGCUGCUCGAGGCCGGAGCAUACUUGGGGCAAGUGAAUGAAGAUGGCCAGACCGCACUACAUUUCGCCAGUAUGUCCGGUGACACAGAGUGUGUGAAGCUACUUUUAGAAUUUGGUGCAAGGGUGUCAAAAGUGGAUAAUCGUGGUAACACGCCACUGAAUUAUGCAGCAUCUGUGGGCAACGCUGAAAGUGUGAGGCUGCGGCUCAAGGCUGGGGCAUACUUCGAGCAAGUGAAUGAAGAUGGCCGGACCCCACUACUUUUCGCCAGCAUGUCUGGUGACACAGAGUGUGUGAAGCUACUUUUAGAAGCUGGUGCAAGAAUGGUAAGAGAGGAUAAUCGUGGUAACACGCCACUGCACUAUGCAGCAUCUGUGGGCAAUGCUGAAAGUGUGAAGCUGCUGCUCAAGGUCGGGGCAUAUCCCGAGCAAGUUAAUAAAGAUGGGCAGACUCCACUUCAUGUUGUUGGCGUGUCCAUAGACAUUCAGUGUGUGAGACGAGUUUUGAAAGCUUGUUCCAUAGUCGCAACACGUAACAAUCAUUACAAUAUACCAAUCUACUGUGCAGCAGUAAAGGGCAUGAGCAAGAGGUAUUAA